AUUCGAUCCGCUCUUAACAUAUGUUACAUUUUCUAAUCACAAUAUUGCAUUUAAUUCACGAAAAGCAUAAAAUCUGUACCUAUAAUUUAGAAGUUUUCGUACAAAGUGUCGAAACAUUUAAACAUUUUCCAGUCUUACGCACCGCCGCGGCCGCCGCCAUGCCUUUGAUCAAGUACACGUAUUACGAUACACCGGACGGACAUGACCUGGUAAAAAAAUUGAUCUACACCAACAAACAGGUAUCGAUCAUUGGUUUUGGAUUGGCGACGUCCGAAAUUAUUCUCAUCAGCAAACCAUUCGGAUACCUCAACACCCUGUACAGGUACGUAGUAUUUAUAUUUCGUACUUUCGUUUUAUCUAUAUAAAAUAUUUUUGUUACUGCAGAUACAGUCAAUUGAUGACACCCAUGUUCGCGGCUACUUCGACAUUUUGCAUCGUAACGCACCUGGCUACUAACAUACGAGGCAAAGACGACGAGAAAAAUUACGCCAUUGGUGGAUUUUGUGCUGGUGCCAUAGUCGGCCCAAUAAUUAAGAACAAUGUCAUCGGUUUUGUAGCGGCCGUUACAUGCGCUGUGAUCGGUAUUAUAAAGAAGAACUCCAAGGUUCACAACUACGAAUUGUUGCCCACUUUCCCAGAGAGCCGCAAGGCUAUACAUGGUGACUUCAGAUCGGUUUACAGAAAUUGGACGUUAUACGAACAACGUCCCAAAGGAUGGAUAGCGGCCGAAGACCGAAAGGAAUGAGUAACAAUUUUACUAAUUUACAGCCAUUAUAUUAUAAUUAAAAUAUGUGAGUUCAAUAUUAAAGUAGUUAUAUUAAAUAUUUACCUAUUAAUAAAUGGUAAUAUUUGUUUGAUUUAUUAUUUUAGUGUUAUGAUGUCGAUUACAAAAUAUAAGUAGUGAUCCCAUUUUACCUUUUAUUAUGUUAUUAUUUUUAUCGUUUUUAAAAUGCCGAAUUAAUAAUAACUUAUUUAUCAUGCAAACCUAAACCUAAAGAUAUAAUAUAAUAUACCUAUCUAAUACCUUUGUUUUUUAUUAAGU